UAUAUAACAGAGCGUUAUAUACACUUUUAUACAUGGAGGAGAGAGAAUAACGAACAGAACGGCACCCCAAACCCUAGUGCAAAGAGCAAUAAAAAAUUAGCCAGCCAGCAGCACAUCAGGCUGCCAUAUUGGCUGCCCUCAAAGUCGCAGGUUCUGUUAAUUUUUGUAUCAUAUUUAUUCAAGAAUUGUUCUGUUUAGUUAGUGAACAACCUGGGGAAAUAGCUCAAGAAACCAUGAGUUACCCUUUCUGGGCUGCUGCUGUUUUAGAAAACCUAGUUUUUUUUAACAUAUGAAUAUUUUUCAGUUAUUCAUUUCAUCAUUAUGAUACCUGUAUCUCCCAUUUCAGCACUGAUCGACUUUAGGGAGAAACUUUUGAAAUACGAUGAUAUUAUGAAACGUCCACGAAACAAUUCUGCAACAUCUGUGCAAAACUGUUUUUGUAAGAAAUCUCUAAAAUUUAAUGACAUUUCCUGCAGCUAUAGUGAAGGCAGAAAUACAAACAGUCCCUUCCACGAAAACGAGGUGCUAUUACAAUCACAUUUCUCACCAGCCCUUUUCUUUCCUGCAAAAGUGUUUAUCCUAGUGAUGCGGACUUAUGACAAACGUCAACAGUUAAUAAGAUAACCAAAAACUGUGAAAAUCAAACGUUCCUGGAAUGCAUCAGAGCUUCACACUUUAGUCCUUCGCUUGAGACUCAAGGGCCACAUGGCCAGGUAGGUCUUUCACCUCUGGAAACCGUUAAACAUCCUUCCAGUAAGACAUAAUCGUUAAGCCCACGGUGUUAAAGAAACCCAGUGAGCUGUUCCCCGCAGGUCACCGCCUGCCUCCACCCUCCUCCCCCGCACUGAACACAAAAAGCUUAGACGGGAAAGAGUGAGGCCAGAGGAGACAACAACUCCCAGCAGGCGUCGCAGCAGCGGGAAGUCACGCACGCGCAACCCAGGCCACAGGAGUAAAGUCUCUCUGCCCGUCUUCUGGGAAGGGAGAAUGGCGGCGCCCGGGCUGCGGCUGGGAGCGGAAAGGCUCUUUGAAAUGCCUGCGGUGCUAGAGCGACUGAGCCGCUCUAACAGCACGUCCCAAGCUUUUGCUGAGGUGCUGCGGCUGCCGAAGCAGCAGCUGAGGAAGCUGCUGUACCCGCUGCAGGAAGUAGAGCGGUUCCUCGCCCCCGACGGGAGGCAAGACCUUCACCUGCGUAUCUUUGACCCAAGCCCAGAGGACAUAGCGAGGGCGGACAACGUCUUCAUGGCCACUGAACGCAACCGCAUCGACUAUGUCAGCUCCGCCGUCCGUAUCGACCACGCCCCGGACCUUCCGCGGCCUGAGGUGUGUUUUAUAGGCAGAAGCAAUGUUGGAAAAUCAUCUCUAAUCAAGGCUUUAUUUUCACUGGCCCCUGAGGUUGAAGUCAGAGUCUCCAAAAAACCAGGACACACAAAGAAAAUGAAUUUUUUCAAAGUUGGAAAACAUUUUACAGUGGUGGACAUGCCAGGUUAUGGCUAUAAAGCACCUGAAGAUUUUGUUGACAUGGUAGAGACCUAUCUGAAAGAACGAAGGAACUUGAAGAGAACAUUUUUAUUAGUGGAUAGUGUUGUUGGAAUUCAAAAAACAGACAAUAUUGCCAUAGAAAUGUGUGAAGAAUUUGCAUUACCUUAUGUGAUUGUAUUAACAAAAAUUGACAAAUGUUCCAAGGGACAUCUUUUAAAACAAGUACUUCAGAUCCAGAAAUUUGUUAACACGAAAACUCAAGGAUGUUUUCCUCAGUUGUUUCCUGUAAGUGCUGUGACCUUUUCUGGAAUCCAUCUGUUGAGAUGCUUUAUAGCCAGUGUAACAGGAAAUCUUGACUAAUGGUUCCCAGUUUAACUGAAGAUUCAAAAAAAAAAAGGCUUUAUGCUAACUGGAGUUAAAUACCUAAAAUUUCAACAUUGUUUUAAAUGUUGUGCAUCUGUAACUUCAGGAGGAUCACUUCAGCUUUAAAACCUGUGCCUUCUCAAAACAAGAAUUUGUGCCUGGGGUGAAAAAAGUGUGUAAGUAAUUGAAUUAUGGUGUUCAUUAGAACAGCUACUAGCUGAUUCCCCUAUUUUAACAAACUGACAAGAGCACAUCCAUAAAAUGAAAACCUGUUACAACUAUGUACAGAAGGGUUUGACGUUUUAUUGGGCUUUUGUAUUUUAAAGAAUAUGUCUACUACGGGUAUUUUCUUUUUUUAUGUUAAAAUGGGCUAGGUAAAAGGGGGCUGCUUUUCUGUUAAGCAUCGAUAGGUAAGUUGAUGGAUAAAUGUUACUAUGUAAGCCUAUUUUUUUGAGUCCUUAUUUGAAUAUUGAAAACAUUCUUGAUAAAAUGUGUUAGUCCAUGUUGGAAACAACCAAAAGAACAGAAUUCAAGUUCCAGUUCUGAUGUUUAUUAUAUAUGUUGGAUCUUGGGCAACUUACUUGAUUUCUCUGAAAUUCAUUUGUUACUGUAAACGUGAAGGCUAUUAAGAUUAAAAUGAAUGGUUUUACAGCAGGUAACAUGUGAGAAGACAGCUACAUAUUUGUAAAGCCAAACCAACAAAGAAAUAUAGCAAAAUUCACAGGUAGAUUUAUUACAAGAAAUGUCCUUUCAUGGGGGAAGUAACAUUUUCACUAGUGAAAAACCAAAAAACAAAAAUAGCUUUAAGUGAGAAAACUAAUUUGCAAAGGGCAAGAGAAAAAAGCUGAUGGGACAGUUUAGACUGCUACAUUUAAGAUUCAGAAUGGAAAAAUAAAGCCUUUGAACUAAAGUUAAUAGAGAAGAUUUUUGUGAAGGUGCCACUGACCUAUUCAUGUAAGUGGCUUAGGUUUUCAAAGUGAAGCUUAAUAUUAAAAGGUUAUAGCUGUAUUGCUGGAUAAAAAAUUAAAGCUAUAAACCAACUUCGUGGCUUUUUUUCAGAAAACAAUCUGAGUAUAUUGUCAGUUUUAUAGUUGACGGAAUUGGUCUAAUCCAAGCAGGAAUGUUUUCAGCCAAAAAAAAAGAUUUUUUAAUAUAGACAUUCAUAAAAUAUAUAGUAACAAAAGAAUUAUCUUAGAAGUCAUCUUUUUGUCUGCCAGUGUUACUUUACUGCUUUGAUUUAUCCUUGGUUCUCCUAUAAGCAGAGCCUGAGCCAAAAGCUUACAUAUGUAAAUUUGGGAAGUGAUCCCAGGGAACAGUGGCAAAAUGAAACAAGACAGACAAGCCUAUUAACAACAUAUUCAUUGAGUUAGCCAAAACAUAGGCACUAGUGCUAGAUCUUGAGGGAACUUGUGACAAGUCCUAGGAAAUAUGUGUUGUAUAGUGAGCGAGUCUAUGCAACCUACCCCCAAAGGCUGAGAGUGCUGAGAUGCCAAAGAAAGAGGCCAACAAAUCCAGUUUGUCAGAAAGAAACAUUUAAUAGGGACUUAUGCACAGAAGCCAUGUCUCAGGCAGUGAUACCUGCAGUUACCCCCCGACCCAGGGCUUAUAUGCCAUAGAGAAAAGCGUAUAUAUGAAGGAACAUGUAAGACACUGAAGUCAACUCCUCAGGGAAAGGCAAGAAUGCUGUUUGCAACAUAGCCUAUAACUUGCUUAAGGCCAGGAUUUACAGUGUGUGUGUGUUCUUUUAAUAGAUAGAAGUAGAAAUCUUAGAGGGCAUUCCUGGAACUGGUUAUCAGAAGUCAACAUGGUAGAUUAGCAUACAAGAUGGAAGUUACUUUAGCCUCAUACUGUGCCUGUGAAUUUCUUUGAGGAGGGGAUGGGGUGGCCCCACACCUCUUCCAGGUUGUACAUACCCAAGUGCUAGGCAGUUCCUGCAGCUGGUGAGAAGCCCAGGGGCAGGAAGUGAGACGUCCCCAGAGCAAGAGGCAAGGUUCAGCCCUGCUUGAAACUGGUUGCCACAGCAGUGACUUUAGUAUGAAGGCCAAGAGGAUUGGAAGUGACACACAGGAGGUCUCAAACACUGCUCUUAUAAAUGGCCUGUGUGUUCUAAUGCCAUCAGAAGUGAUAAAGUUGGUACUAGGAUGUGGGUAAUCCCAGCACUUUGGGAGACCAAAGUGGGCGGAUCCCUUGAGUCCAGGAGUUUGAGACCAGCCUAAGCAACAUGGUGAAACCCCAUCUCUACAAAAAGUUUUUAAAAAAUUAGCCAGGGCGUGGUGAUGCCUAUAGUCUCAGCUACUCAGGGGGCUGAGGUGGGAGAAUAGCUUGAGCCCAGGAGGUGGAGGGUGCAGUGAACUGAGAUCAUACCACUGUGCUCCAGCCUGGGCAACAGCACAAGACUCUGUCUCAAAAAAAUAAUAAUAAUAAUAAUUCACUACGAUGACCCUGACAAUAGUUUCUAAUCUCAUUUACUAGGUAAGUUACAGUUUGGUAUACUUUAGAUUGCAUUUUUUUUAAUGUUAAAUAUUUGGAAAAACUGAUAUAGAAUACUAAAUUCCUUAUAAACAUACAAAUUGUCAUUUUGUGGACACAUGUGAAGCUUUUUUGCCAUUUUCCCAGAAUAGUAAAGGGCAGAAGAUAGGAAAAAUGAGAGGAGAUGAAGAUACUCCAAAAGAACAUGAAUGAAUUCGGAAACAAAUGCUAGACUGGCGGUCCAGUCCAUGCUAUAUUGUCCUUAACUCACUGAACCACCCUGGUUUUUCCAAUGAAAGAUAAGCUCCAAAGUUUAUUUCAGCUAUAAAAGUUUCAUUCUUGAAAAAAUUCCACUUCAAAUCCAGAAACCUAAGCCAGAGGAAACUGACUAGCUCAGUGAAGCCACAAGUAGAAGCAAGACCGAACCUAAAAUCUCCUAAUUCCCAGGGAGUUUUUUUCUGAAUCAGCUAAAUAAAGUCUUAAAAAAGGCUACUUAGGGGACUGGGUGCAUGAAUAUAGACAACUCUCAGCAAAUAAGCCCUAUGGUCCACAAAGCUAUACACCAGUUCUCUUACUAAUUUACCUUCUAUUUCCCAAUAGGUAAAGGAAAUUCAUUGAACACAAGGACACUUAGAAGUUAAUGGCCAUUUCUAGACUUGUCUAGAAUGAAAUCUCCUUGGUAUUGUCCGUAUUUUAAGGCACUAAAUGGAUACUACCACUUGGUAGAAAGCCAAAAGGAAUAUGAAAAGUGACUACAAAUUAAGAAUUAAACCAGUUUACUUAAGGCUUCAGGAGAGAAGCUAAAGUAGUGUUUAUAUAACUGGAUUUGGGGGCCACAUGGAUCAAAAUCACCUGGGCUCCAUGUUAAAAAUGCAGGUUUCUGGCCCCUCUUUAUCAGUCUCUGGGAAACGGCUAAUCUGCAUCUUUUAGCAACCCACCAGGUGAUUCUCAAAAAGUCUAAAGUUUGAGAACCACUGGUAGAGAUAAGUGAGAAAAUGGAGAAAGCAGACAGGGAAAGAACAAAGCCAAAUAAAGAAUGGAAGGGAAAUAACUUCUGUUAUGAUAGGGUGGCUGAGGAAAAGGAUGCGGUACAUACUAAGGUACUGCUUUCUUUUUCUUUAAAUCUCUAUGUAACAAAAGUUAAGGGCACUAGAGAAGCUUAAUAACCUAAUUCUAGUAAAGUUAAAACAUUGGAAAGAUACCUACCUCAAACUUCACAUCAUUAUUUGAAAAUACUCAAAAUGUACUCCCCUCAGAGCAACAGUACUCCCCUCAGAGCAAUAUCCCUUAUCAGAUGACAGCAUCAACACCAAAUUAUAAAUGUUCUAGCCUCAUUCCUGGGUCUACUUUGUGUCUCCUAACCUGAUUUUUUCAUUUUACUUUCUCAUCUACCUGUUAUCCUGUUAUAUUUCAUAUGUAACCAUAAACCACCUUAUAGCCUUUUUGUAAAAAGGUUUAUUUGAAAUCAAUCACUGGUACCCAAAUAAAUAAAAUUAAAACCUUUUGGA